AUGAAAGAACAAAUGUUGAGUUUUCGGUCAACUCUUUCCGAGGAGGUCGUUGCCUUGGCAACCGGUAUACACACAGCAAAUACACAUGUUCCAGUGAAAGGUAGAUAGAGAUGGCGAGGAAGAAAGUGGCGAGAAGAACGGACGAAAUAUUAGUUACCGAGGAAGAAAAAACGGAGCUGAGUUCUUGGGAGAACGAAGAAGUGGAGGAAACGGAACAACCGCAGCCGCCACAGACACAACCACAACCGCAGCCGCCGCAGCCAGCAGAAACCGUGGAAGAAGAAGCGGAAGUGACAACUUCUUGUGUCACCGAAGGCCCCUUAUUGACCAAUGUCGUGAUAAAAACAUAUGAUGGCAGAUAUUUAAAUGGUUUGUUUGAAGGUGAAGGUUGUAUGGAAUUUAUUGAUGGACACAUUUAUAAAGGUUUCUUCCACCAAGGUCUGAUGCAUGGUCACGGAUAUUACGAAUGGGAUGAUGGUGUCAUCUACGAGGGAGACUUUAUGUUUAACUACAUCACAGGUAAAGGAACAUAUACCUACCUAGACGGAAGUACUUAUGAAGGAGAAGUUCUGAAUGGUAAGCGUCACGGUUAUGGAAUUUACACCUGGAAGGCAGAAGGAAAAUGCUACGCUGGUUACUGGUUUAAAGGAAAGAAACAUGGAAAGGGAUGUAUGCAGUUUGACAAAGACAGUCAAUGCUUCUACCACGGCGAUUGGCGAUGUGACCUUCCCCAUGGAUGGGGUCUCCAGAGGUACAGCAGCCACAACAUCUAUGAAGGAUUCUGGUUCAAAAAUAAGCCAAAUGUUGAUGGUGUAAUGAAGUGGUUCGUUCAAGGCCGACCAAAGGAUGUAGAAAUAUACAAGGGCCACUGGUCCAAUGGUAUACAGCAAGGAUACGGGGAACAGGUGUGGGUGACGUACAGAGCACCGGGCUCCCAAUUCAAUGGCCAGAAUUUAUACAGAGGCAACUUUGUCAAUGGUAAACGGCAUGGACAGGGGACGUUUUAUUAUGCUGAUGGCUCCAAGUACAAAGGAGAAUGGUUCGAAGACAUGAAACAUGGAUUUGCUAAAUUCACUCAAAGAACUGGAGAUGUCUAUGAAGGAAGAUUUGAGAAUAAUGCUCUUCCUGAUAAUACUUUUGUCACAGGACUUCCGGCUCUUAUUAAUGAACAGGAUAGUAAAUCCCCAAUGAGCUUCAUUAUGCAUUUGACUUGCUCUGGUUCCUCAAAUAUCUCUGCAGCUCCCGAAAAAGAAGUGCACAUGAAAACAGUCGACAAUAAUUUCAUGAUGGACGUCAACAGCUUACUGAAAGGUGUCGAAGGUGUUAACCCCGAACGAGAACUUAUACAGGUGAAUAAGAACGUGUGGAGACACAUAGGAUUCUUGAAGAAGAUCUACCUGUUUUAUGCGAGUCUGGGCCAGGAACCAGCCAUUGAUAACGUCUACUUAAUGGAUAAUCUUCAGUUCUGGAGAUUUCUAAAAGACUGUUGUUUGCAUCAUCAUGGCUUUACCUUGAUGGAAAUGGAUAGAUUUCUUGGGAAUCAUGAAAAAGUAGCCAGCCUCCACGACCCCUUUGGUAAGCUACUGCUGCGGGAAUUUAUAGCGAGCCUUGUGGUUUUGGCCUACAAAGCAUACGGCGCACAAUACGAGGAGGCAAAGGCACACUUAAAGUACCAUUUUCUUCUGCUGGAUUGGUGUUUCAAUCAGCUUCUCAAAAACAACAUCUACCCCAAUGUGUUCACUGUUAAAGGCCAUAUCUUCACAGAAGUCCGCAGAGCCAUGAACAUAAUGGAACACAUCCAAGAGGUCUACAAAAUCUACACUGCCAUUUGCAAACCACGAAAGUUACCUCCCCAUGAUGCUUCCAUGAAGAUGAGAGAUUGUUUAGUCAUACUCAAGGACUUAAACCUGAUCAAUGAGAACCUCACUGCCAAAGCUGCCAUUGAUGUUUUGGCUGUAGAUGAUCCCAAUGUUAUCGUUGAUGGUGACUACAACUUGGAGAUGGAGAUGACCUACCUUGAGUUUCUGGAAGCACUUGUUGGUUUUGCUGAGAUUUACAUCACAGAAACUGUGGUAGAGUCAUUGACGAUACCUCUCGACACAGUCACGUCAAGUCGGUCUCCAAAGACAAGCAGUCAACCCGUCAUGUCACCUGUUCUCAGCACCAACGUAUCCACCAUUUCCUUCCAACAACAGUCAAGGGCGAGAGACACCACAGGGACUAGGACGCCGGAGGCAGUGCAAGAGGAACAAAGAACUUCUUUGUCUGUGUUGUUCAGUCCAUUGGAGAGUUUGAUGGAAACGACCGACAGCAGAAAGACAACAAUUGUUACAGAGGACCUCCUUAGGAAAAGGGCCGAACACAACAACUGUGAGAUUGCCACCCUUGAAGAAGUUUCUUUACACCAACAAGACAUUGAAAGGAUUGAAAACAUUGAUAAAUGGUGCAGAGAUCUGAAGAUUUUGUAUCUCCAGUGUAACCUGAUUCCCAAAAUAGAACAUGUCAACAGACUAAAGAAGUUGGAAUACUUAAAUCUGGCCCUCAAUAAUAUCGAACGGAUCGAGAAUAUAGAAGGUUGUGAGUCUCUUCGGAAACUCGAUCUGACAGUUAACUUCGUCGGGGAAAUAACGAGCAUCAAAUGUCUCCGGAAUCUUGUACACUUCAAUGAACUAUAUUUAAUUGGGAAUCCUUGUGCUGACUUCGAUGGUUACCAACACUACGUUAUUGUCAUUCUGCCAAACUUGAAGAUUUUGGAUGGCAAAACUAUUGAGAAAUCCGAGAGAAUUCUUGCUAUGCAGAACUUCAAAGCUACAGAGGAGAAAAUCUUGAGACAACAAGAAGAAUAUCUACAGAAAAGAAAAACACAAAAGGAAGAAGGAAAUUCCAAGAAUAAUGGCAAGGAAUCCACAACAUUGACCGAGGAAAACAAUUAUGAUGACGAUUCCACUUCACACAGCCUGGAACAAUCGACUGAGGAAGUCCAAGACGACGACAAUGGCAAGACUGAGGAAGAACUGGAGAAAGAGUUUUGGGACGAGAAAGUCCCGUUCACUCCUGAAUCGAGGAUACAGGUCCACGAACACAUGAGGAAACUGAAGGAAAAAGAGGAUGGAACUGCCGAUGACCAAAAUCUCAAAAAACCACGAAGACUUUUCAACGACGAAGGAAGAGCCUUCAACAUGAACGAACCAAAGAUUAACUUCACAUUAAAAGACCAGAAUGAAGAGAAUGCUUAUCUUCUUGACAUGGCUUGUUACAAAUUUCUGGAUCCACAGCUAAUAGAUGUUGACGUUCAACCACUUUAUGUCCGAGCAACAAUCAAAGGAAAAAUUUUCCAGCUGUCGUUAAAUGAAGAAGUCAAUCCAGACAGAAGUACGGCCAAAAGAUCACAGACCACUGGUCACCUUCUUAUUACAAUGCCAAAGAUGAAACCAAUAAUUAAACCUACAAACAGAAAAAAUAAAAGACAAGAGAAGAAAAACGAGGAACCAAAGCCUAAAACUGAACGGGCCCAGGUGGAAAGGCUGGAAGUUGGUGAAAACCUAACGAAAGUCGAUUACUGCAAUAUUAUUAAUGAAAAUAACCAAAACCAGGCUGUGGUCAAAGAGGAAAGAGCAGUGAUAAAGAAAUGGUCUGUGAUGUAUGAAGACCGAAAGAAUUCUGAAGAUUUUGUUGAUGACCCCGAAGUACCAGAACUGAUAUGAACCAGUCUCCAUGGCUUUCUAACAAUCAUCAUGGCUCCAUACAGACUGAGACCCUGGAGGAGGCUGAAAACUGCCUGGUGGUGGGAGCCAAGGAGUUAUUUCUGUUCUAUUGUUAUAGCUAUUAUAUUUAUCAGAUGGAGAAAGAACAAGUAAUAGUAAGUGUGUUUGAGUGUAUGUAGCAUGAGUGAAUGUGGUAGAGCGUAUGUAUAUGUAUAUGUAGUGAGAAUUUACAAAAAAAAACAAAAGACGAAGACGGGUGUGUAA